AGCCCGGGCCGCGCAGUAGCGCGCCAGUCGCCGCGCCGCGUGCCGCCUUCGCACCUUCACAACAUGACACGCAACAUCCACGCACAACUUUUCCGUACUUUUCCACGCGCGGACUCGUGAUUUUCCCUCUCUGUUUGUGUUCGCGCGCCGGCUACAUUGUACUCGGUUACAGUACCGUGAUUGUGUGAUGUGAUUGGGCGUUUGUGUUUGUUGCUGUUGCGUUAGAAUUUAUUUAAGUAUCAAUGGAUUAGUUUCAGCACCAAACAUUUAGUGGUGAGGCUUGUCUAAGAUAAUGUAAUACGUGUUAUAAGUGAUGACAAACAAAAGUUUAAAGUGACUUCGAAAUUGUUAAAGAGGAUGCGAAGGCGGGACGCGUAAAGACAUAAGAUGGCGAGGAACUAGUAUGACGGUGGGGAACUAACUAGUUUAGCGGUUACGCGCAGUGGUAUAAUGAUAAUGUGGCUUAUAUAGUGUGAAGAAGUGUCGGGAUGCAGACGGAAGUGUGACGGUAGGGGGCCACCGAGCAGCGGAUGCGGCGCGGCAGUGUUUACAGCGUGAGUGAAGGCGUGGAGCGGUGCGCUUGUGCUAGGUAGCGCGGGCGCGGGUGCGGGUGCGGGUGCAGCCAUGGCCGGCUGAUGGAACCGGGCUGGUGGUCACCGUCGCCGUCGGCCUCGCCGCCGCCGCCGCCCCGCGCCCCGCCGCCGCGCUGCCGCUGUCGCCAACCGCUCUCCACCAGCUACAACUGUCUACCGCACUAUGAUGGUUGGGGGGACGGUGAAGAGGAAUCGACGGGGGGUGCGCUGCGCGAACGAGAACUGCGUUCGCUUCACCGCACCGUGCCCGCCCUGCGCAGGCGCGAACUUGACACUAGGGCCAUCAAACACCACUUCUAUCCUGAGGGAGGAUGGGGAUGGAUCGUGUGCGGGGCAGCGUUUCUUGCACAUCUGUUGUCAACUGGCCUACAGCUAGCCUACGGCGCGCUCCACGUGUACGCUCUCAGGCAUUUAGGGCCAACUGCUGACCACGCCGUUUGGGCUGGAGCGAUAUGCGUCGGUGUAUCGCGGGCAGCAGGCGCGCUGGUGGCUGGUCGCAAGAAGUCCCCACGUUUGGCUGCGCUCUUAGGAGGACUGCUGUUACCCCUCGCUUGUCUCUUCACAUCGUUCGCUACGCAGCUCCAUCAAACAAUGCUUAGUUAUGGUGUGGUGCUAGGAAUAGGCUGCGGGCUGGUGCGUGAAGCUGCGGGCCUCGUGCUUGGCGCGUACUUUCGGCGAAGGCGACAAUUUGUAGAACUAGUCGCACAUGCUGGCGGGGGCGUUGGCAUUGCUCUCUUCAGCGUUGCCUACAAAGAGGCCGUAGGAAAACUUGGAUGGCGACUAGGUUUGCAAGCAGUAACAGGAGUACUUGUAUUAGCCUUCUUUUUGAGCGCUGUUUACCGAAGUGCCUCUCUCUAUCAUCCCCAAAGACGUGCUAUCCUGCAUCUUAAAAAUCAACGGCGAAAGGUAAAAGAAAAGAAAGGCCUAAAAAGACCUCCUCUUAUCGACCUAAGCCCUCUCCGUUCUCGCCCUGCUAAAGUUUUGUUGUUGGCCGCUGGAUUAGCAGCUUUCGGGCUUUAUACUCCAGUAUUCUUUUUGGCUUUACAAGGAUUUCAAGAAGGUUUAGAGGAGAGUGCAUUGGUAUUGCUCCAGACAUUUCUGGGGUUUGCCGCAGUCCUCGGUUGCGCUGGCUUUGGGCUCGUGCUGGUGCGACCGUCGGCUCAGUGCCUUGUCUCUAAACAAUAUUUGUGCCAAACCGCUAUGCUGGGAAUAGGUAUCUCCAUGCUUGCCUUAAUCAGUGUUGAAGGUUAUCACGGAUAUGUUCUAUUUGCAUGGAUGUAUGGAUUAUGUUUAGGAGGCUUUUUAUAUUCAAUAAAAAUGCUCACUAUGGAACGCGUUCGAGGAAGGCAUUUUAGUAAAGUCUGGGGUUUUGUUCAAGGAGCUGAGGCGAUCCCUGUGAUUGUUGGUGUACCCGUGACCGGAUACAUCAACCAGCAAGCUCCAAGGGCUGGCUUCUAUUUCUCGACUGCAACAACAUUAGCUGGUGCCUUAUUAUUGUUCUUCGUUGGGUUCUCGAAAAGAGAGCCUGACCCACCGCCUCCUGCGCCAGCACCUGCUAUAUCUGAGGCGUGCCCAUGUGUGACACCUCCUCGCUGUGAGCCGGCAUGGUGUGCGUGUAGCGCUGGUGGCGCUACAGCCUACUGUGCCUGGCCAAGUUCUUCUUGUGGUUCUCGUUUACCAAAAUCACUAUCGUACGCAGCACCACUCGACCGUGUCUGCUGUUCUGCUGCUCAUUGCCCAGACUGCUAUCGGCGUACAGUACCCUUGCGACCUUCACGCAGUGUUCCUGAAGGAUUAGCAAGGCGUGGUAGCACCUGGAGCCGUGGUGGCUCCUGCAGAAUACCUUGUCGUCGUCGUGAACAUCAUCUUAUUGAACAAAUCACGACAUCUGUGUGAUAUUUGUCAAUGAAAGCCUCAAAUUCUAUUAAUAAACCAUAUACAUGGUUAUAUAAGUUUGUGAACCGAACUAUAAUAUUCGUGUGAAUGCGAUAAGGCUAUACGUGUGAACUACAUUUGUGUAAAUAAUUAUUCCUUAUGUAGAGGAUAUUCCUAAUUGAGAUCGAAGUGAUAGAUUAGUUCUAAAAGCAAUAAAAAGAGAUCGAUAUGUCAGUGCUCCUGCGUUACAUCUUCACCACUAAAACUGUGCCGUGAAUUUUACCAGAUCUCUAUUAUUUGUUUCUGUGUAUUUUACUCUGUGUAAAUACACAACUAGAAGAUCUUGAACAAUGUUCAUCUAUCACAUAGUUAUUGUAUUUACAGUGGUAUGUAUUUUUUACAUUUCAAAAGUAGAAAUUGGUUGAUUGUAAAAUAAAUUUAGUACACAUUUCUUAAGUCUUGAAGUACUUGUGGGACCUUUAUCAUAGUAGUUGGUACUAAUAUAUUAAAGAUAAUAGAAACCAAAACAUUCUUAAAUCUUUAUGUCCUAUUUAUCUUCUUGGAAAAAUAUUAUAUUGUAAAAUUAUCAUCAAAAGUACCCUUAUCUUUCCUUUAUACUCAAUGGCUAGUAUCAUUAAAAUCAUUAGAUGAAGAUAUAUCUAUAUCAUUACUCUGUGUUAUAAGAAAUAAUCAAGUCAAUUUUAGUAACUUAUUCGUUAAAUUGUAAUAAAUGCAUCUUAGAUAUGUUUUUGGAUUGUUUAGUUUAUUAUUGUUAACAGAAGGUUUUAUUGUUCGUUAGAUGUAUGUAAUUAUAUUUUUGAUGUUACGCGAUUUGUUGUUUUUUACCAAAGUGUGAUUUACAAUCUCGGUGAUGAAAUCAAACGAUAUUAAAGAAUUUAGGAAAGAAACUGUUUCUUUUUUGUUUCC